AUGCACAUUGCCAGUCUACCAGGUCUACCAGGUCUACCAGGUCUGCCAGGUCUACCAGGUCUACCAGGUCUAUCAGGUCUACCAGGUCUACCAGGUCUACCAGGUCUAUCAGGUCUGCCAGGUCUACCAGUCUGUCAGGUCUACAAGGUCUACCAGGUCUACCAGCUACCAGGUCUACCAGGUCUACCAGGUCUACCAGGUCUGCCAGGUCUACCAGGUCUGUCAGGUCUACCAGGUCUGCCAGGUCUACCAGGUCUGUCAGGUCUACCAGGUCUACCAGGUCUACCAGGUCUGUCAGCUUUACCAGGUCUACCAGGUCUUAAAGGUCUGUCAGGUCUGUUAGGUCUACCAGGUCUAUCAGGUCUACCAGGUCUACCAGGUCUAUCAGGUCUACCAGGUCUACCAGCUAGCACCAACCACAUCAUGGUCGGCACCCUGGAUCCACCUAGCAGAAACCACAUCAUGGUCAGUCCCUUGAUCCCAGCUAGCACCAACCACAUCAUGGUCGGCACCCUGGAUCCCACUAGCAGAAACCACAUCAUGUCAGCACGCUGGAUCCCAGCUAGCACCAACCACAUCAUGGUCAGCACGCUGGAUCCCAGCUAG